UGACUAAGCAAUUUUUUCUGUCUUCUUCUGUUCUUUAUGUCUGUUUAUAUAUGCCUUUAUAAAUUUUGAAUAUAUGUCUUACAUUCCCAAUAAGUAUUUAAGUAAUAGCAAAAAUAAAACAAUAUUAUUUAAACUUAGUUUUCUUCAAAUUCUUUCGCCAUGUAACCCCGACAUAACAGCAUCGACCUCAUACCGCUUUGCUAGUGUAAGCUUUACACAUUCAUAAACCAAGCAACAAACAUGUCUCUCAAAGUAUUCAUAUUAGUGUCCGCUUUAAUAGUAAUAGUGAAUUGUAAAAGUGUGAUAGUGGGCCAAAUAUUCGAUCAUAAUAAUUAUGUAAGGAAAGUGCAUGAAAGGACUGUCGAGGCCCAUGCUAUUCCAUUAUUUAAAAGGGAAGAAGAAGUGCAGUUCGAGUAUCCAAUCGCCGAUCAGAAGAUCAAAGGAAUUGCUAUAAAGGAUUUGGAGAAUGGUCUAGCUGAACCUUCGAUAACAAGAGGUGGAAUUGGUUUCAGUUUCGUUAAUAUUAAACUGAAGAGUGAAAGGGGAUCUGGUUAUAAGUUCCUCAUAGAAAUUUAUGCAUAGAUUAUAUUUUAAUAAAGAAACAAAACAGCACAGAAAAUUAAAUGGCCACUUCUACAUCUGAUUUUAUGUUUUAUAUUUGGGUGAUCCAAUCUUAGAGUGAGUGAGAUUGUAUAAGUUCGAUUGUAAUACUAUUCGUAAUAUGUCACGUGUUUAAGAAUGUUGAAUGCCUUGAAAUUGGAUCAUAUGAGAUUAAAAUGAACUUGAAUAUUUUUA